GACAGACAAAUGACGGGUCUAAGAUCUAAUGAUAAAGGACAACUUGAUGCUGGAUGGUCUGUGCACCCAACAUACCAAGGUGACCAAAGAAAACAUGAAGACCUUACAGAUGAAGAGAAGGAAAUUAUUAACAGAGUUAUAGCAAGGGCUGCAAAGAUGGAAGAGCUGGAGCAAGAUCGAAUUGGGCGCUUAGUGGACCGGUUAGAAGACAUGAAGAAGGCAGUAACUGGGGAUGGUGUAGAACGGUGCAUUCUGUGUGGGGAGACACUAGGAUUGCCAGGAGCAAAGUGUGUUGUUUGUGAAGACUGCAAAAAGAAUGUCUGCACAAAGUGUGGAAUACAGACCAACAGUAGGCCUCAUUCCAUUUGGCUCUGCAAAAUAUGCAGUGAGCAACGUGAGGUAUGGAAAAGAUCUGGGGCUUGGUUCUUCAAGGGCUUUCCGAAACAUGAACUUCCGCCGCCGAUGCCAGUGAGCAAAGCUAAAAUGCAGAACCCUGCAAGUGACUCCACAACAUCAGAGGCCACUGCUUCAGAGCAGAAACGCUACCCUCGUGCCCAUGGUCGAGGUCGAGGGGAGAAUACUACUCAGCCAGACCAACAAUCAUAUGGCACUGAAUCAGUUGCUGCGCCAUCUGCAAGAGGGAACUGCCCUCCACCUACUCGUAAGCAAUCUGAGAUGAGAAUGGCCCCAAGUGGUGGAGAUUAUGCUGGAGCUGACCAAGAAGGAAGAGAUUAUUCUUACAGUACUGCAGACAGCGAAGUGAACAGAAGCCCUGGAGGUGGUAAACGUCCUCCAGUUGCUCAGGCUGCUAGACCUGUUCCUCCUGCAAACCAAAGCUCCAACCUUCAGUCUGCCCAGCAAGCUCCUCCAGCUGGUGGGAGAUCAGCACCAAGGCCUGCUCCAGGUGGCAGAUUUCCCGAGGGUCAAGGUGGUCCUCCUGUUUCACAGACUGAACAAGCAUAUACAGCUGCAGCACCCAGGGAAGAGAAGCCCAGUGGAUUCACAGCACAAGGUGUUAGAGAGGACCGACCUCUUCGUCAAACUCUAUCCUACACUGCUGCACCUUCAACCACUACAGCAGCUCCCACACGCCAGUCCCAACCACAAGAAGAUGAAGAGGAGGAAGCUAAUAGCUAUGACUCAGAUGAAACAACCACACUUGGCGCUUUGGAGUUUAGCCUGUUUUUUGACCAAGCCAAUAGCUCUUUGCAGUGCACCAUAAUCAAAGCUAAGGGUUUAAAGCCUAUGGACUCAAAUGGUUUAGCAGAUCCAUAUGUGAAGCUUCAUCUCCUACCUGGUGCCAGCAAGGCAAACAAAUUGCGAACUAAAACAUUAAGAAAUACUCGUAAUCCAAUAUGGAACGAGAGCCUUGUGUAUCAUGGCAUCACGGAUGAAGAGUUGCAGAGAAAGACUUUGAGAAUAUCUGUUUGUGAUGAAGACAAGUUUGGACACAAUGAGUUCAUUGGUGAGACCCGAUUCUCUCUGAAGAAGCUAAAACCCAAUCAGAAAAAGAACUUCAAUGUGUGCUUGGAGCGAGUCAUACCGAUGAAGCGUGCUGGAACAACUGGAUCAGUAAGGGGCAUGGCUGUUUAUGAGGAUGAAACAGAUCGUGGUGGAGAUGUAGAAGACAGAGGAAAGAUUCUGGUCUCUUUGAUGUACAACACUCAGCAAGGAGGGCUUAUAAUUGGCAUUAUCCGAUGUGUUCACUUGGCAGCAAUGGAUGCUAAUGGUUACUCUGAUCCAUUUGUUAAACUGUUUCUAAAACCAGAAGGAGGAAAGAAAGCGAAACAGAAGACUCAGAUAAAAAAAAAGACUCUUAACCCAGAGUUCAAUGAGGAAUUUUUCUUUGAUAUAAAGCACAGCGAUCUUGCAAAAAAACAACUGGACAUAUCCGUAUGGGACUAUGAUAUUGGAAAAUCUAAUGAUUAUAUAGGUGGCUGUCAGUUGGGCAUCACUGCCAAAGGAGAGCGCUUGAAACACUGGUAUGAGUGCCUGAAGAACAAAGAUAAGAAGAUUGAGCGCUGGCAUGUUCUACAGAAUGAAAACCAUGUAUCAAGUGAUUAAAUGACAGCUGCCGUGUCCCUCAACUGUUCACGCUCUGUACCAACUCACUGUAAACUUUUUAUGUCUUGUCUUCCAAAGCAUUCAUACUUUUAGCUUUUAGAGAUAGAGAAAUAAUAGUUGCUCCUAGUAUAUUCUUUAUUAGAUAUAAAUACUGCUUUUUUGUUUGCCCUCAGAACAAAUGCUGUUCGAUUAAUUUUAAUGAUACAUACAUGUGUUUGUUCUUCAGCCUUCCCUUUUAUGCUUACCAAACAUGUUCA